AUGCCCGCCGUCGUAGAAGUCGAAGCCGUCACGGCAAACGGUCACGUAAAUGGCAAAACCGGAGACCUGGUAGACCACACACCCGCACACUCCGCCUUCGCCUCAAUACCAGACGUUAUCCAGGCCGUCGCAAACGAUGAGUUCGUCAUCGUCCUCGACUCCCCCUCGCGCGAAAACGAAGGCGACCUCAUCAUCGCCGCCUCCGCCCUCACCCCCGCAAAAGCCUCCUUCAUGAUCCGCUACUCCUCCGGCUACAUCUGCGCGCCUCUCCCCGUUGCGCGCGCCGCGGCGCUACACCUCCCCCAGAUGGUCACCGAGAACGCGGACCCGAACCAGACGGCAUACGCUGUCACCAUUGACGCCGCACACCCCGACGCGACAACGGGGAUAUCAGCCACGGAUCGAGCGCGCACGUGCAAUAUGCUCGCUGAUCCCGCGGCGAAGGCGAGCCACUUCAGGCGGCCGGGGCACAUACUCCCUUUGCAAGCGCGAGAGGGCGGCGUCCGCGUACGCCGGGGGCACACCGAGGCAGCAGUCGAUCUUUGCCGAUUAGCUGGGAAGGGAGACGUUGGCGUCAUCUGCGAGUUGAUCACGGACGGGGAGAAGGUCGAGGGAAAGACGGAGCUUGUAGGAGGGGGCAUGAUGAGGAGAGACGACUGCUUGAAGUUCGGCAAGGAGUGGGGGAUUAAGGUGUGUACGAUUGAGGAUUUGGUGACGUAUAUUGAGGAGAAUGAGGGAAGUUGGCGGUGGAGGGAGGGAUUAUUGAGGGGUGGAAGAGGGAGGUUGGAAUACUGGGGAUGCUGGUGA